CCCGCCGCCGCCGCCCCGCUGCUCCUCCUGCUCCUGGCCGGGGCUCUCGGUGGGGCCCACGCCCUGACCUGCCUGUGCUCCGACUGCAAGCAAGCCAACUCCACCUGCGAGACCGACGGCGCCUGCAUGGUCUCCGUCUUCAACCUGGAUGGGGUCAAGCACCACGUCAGGACCUGCAUCCCCGAGGCCAAGCUGAUCCCUGCUGGGAAACCUUUCUACUGCCUGAGCUCCGAGGACCUGCGCAACACUCACUGCUGCUACUCCGACUUCUGCAACAAGAUUGACCUGAUGGUGCCCAGCGGACACCUGAAAGAUAACGAACCCCCAUCGAGCUGGGGGCCUGUGGAGCUGGUGGCAGUGAUUGCUGGCCCUGUCUUCCUGGUCUCUGUGGUCAUGAUCGUUGUGGUCUUCGUCUUUCACCACCACCAACGAGUCUACCACAACCGCCAGCGGCUGGACAUGGAGGACCCCUCCUGUGAGAUGUGCCUCUCCAAGGACAAGACCCUGCAGGACCUGGUCUAUGACCUCUCCACCUCUGGCUCUGGCUCAGGGCUGCCGCUGUUCGUGCAGCGCACCGUGGCUCGCACGAUCGUCCUGCAGGAGAUCAUCGGCAAGGGUCGCUUCGGGGAGGUGUGGCGUGGCCGGUGGCGUGGAGGGGAUGUGGCUGUCAAGAUCUUCUCCUCCCGGGAGGAACGUUCCUGGUUCAGGGAGGCAGAGAUCUACCAGACGGUGAUGCUGCGGCACGAGAACAUCCUGGGCUUCAUCGCCGCCGACAACAAAGAUAAUGGCACCUGGACCCAGCUGUGGCUUGUCUCUGACUACCAUGAGCAUGGAUCCCUCUUUGACUACCUGAACCGCUACACGGUGACCAUCGAGGGCAUGAUCAAGCUGGCCCUGUCUGCUGCCAGUGGUCUGGCACACCUCCACAUGGAGAUUGUGGGCACUCAGGGAAAGCCUGGGAUUGCUCACAGGGACUUGAAGUCCAAGAACAUCCUGGUGAAGAAGAAUGGCACCUGUGCCAUCGCUGACCUGGGCCUGGCCGUGCGGCACGACUCGGUGACGGACACCAUCGACAUCGCCCCCAACCAGAGGGUUGGCACCAAACGGUACAUGGCCCCUGAAGUGUUGGAUGAAACCAUCAACAUGAAGCACUUUGACUCCUUUAAAUGUGCUGACAUCUACGCCUUGGGCUUGGUCUACUGGGAGAUUGCUCGGAGGUGCAACGCAGGAGGUAUCCAUGAGGAGUAUCAGCUUCCCUACUAUGACCUGGUGCCCUCUGACCCAUCCAUUGAGGAGAUGAGGAAGGUUGUGUGUGACCAGAAGCUGCGACCCAAUAUCCCCAACUGGUGGCAAAGCUACGAGGCUCUGCGGGUGAUGGGCAAGAUGAUGCGGGAGUGCUGGUACGCCAACGGCGCCGCGCGCCUCACCGCCCUGCGCAUCAAGAAGACUCUCUCGCAGCUCAGCGUCCAGGAGGAUGUGAAAAUCUAGGCCCUGAGCCUCCUCCUCCUCCUCCCCCCACCCCCCCAGCCUCCUGCAGCAGGAGGAAACUGCACAACAGCUGCCAUGCCAGAGUUGUGAGGGAGGCCCUACCUCGUGUUUCUACCCAACCUACUGCUACCGACCCGGCGGCUCCGGCUGGCAGGCUGCUGCUCGGGGGGGCGCCCGGAGCCUCUCGAGUCGCUCUCUCUGCCCUGCCCUGCCCUGGGUAGGAAACAAUCAGAAACCUUUUUUUGGAUGAUCACCUCCUGGACAGCGUGAAGGCUGGAGAGGGGACUUCCCCUGAGGGAUCUCAGCCAUGAUUGUAACUCUCUUUUGUUUCUUGAACAAGAAAUCCCUCCUGAGCUCGGGUGCCCGCGGCCGGGGCCUGCCCGCUGCUGGGAGCAGGAGGAAGGGACUGGGAAAGGAUU